CGUCCCGGAGCGCGUCCCCCCCCCAAUCCCUCCGCUCCCCGUACGCCCCCGAAGCGGCCUCGGCGGCGCAUGCGCGCUUCCCCAUGGCGGCCGCGCGGGGCGGCGGGCGCGUGGCCCCUCCCCCCGGCGGGCGCGCGGCGGCUGUGGCGGGAGGAGGCGGAGGAGGAGGGGGAGGAGGCGAGGAGGCGGCGCCUGUGUCGGCGCUGGAGGUUGUGUCCUUCCUGGGCAAGCUGCUGUGCGCAGUCGCGGCGCUGAAGGCGGCCCUCUACCUGCUGCGCAGGGUGUGCCUCGCCAUGGCCUGGAAGUCGGGCGGCGCCAGCCACGCCGAGCUCAUCCACAACCUCCGCAAAAAUGGGAUAAUUAAAUCAGACAAGGUAUUUGAAGUAAUGCUGGCUACAGACCGUUGCCAUUAUGCAAAAUACAACCCAUAUAUGGAUUCUCCUCAGUCUAUAGGUUUCCAAGCAACAAUCAGUGCUCCACAUAUGCACGCAUAUGCUCUUGAACUUCUGUCUGAUCAGCUACAUGAAGGAGCCAAAGCACUUGACGUAGGUUCUGGAAGUGGAAUCCUUACAGCAUGCUUUUCACGAAUGGUUGGUCCCAAAGGACAAGUUGUAGGAAUUGAUCAUAUCAAAGAACUAGUAGAUGACUCAAUAAAUAAUGUCAAAAAAGACGAUCCCACAUUGCUGUCUUCAGGAAGAGUGAAACUGAUUGUGGGAGAUGGAAGAAUGGGAUAUGCAGAAGAAGCUCCCUAUGAUGCAAUUCACGUAGGAGCUGCAGCACCAGUUGUGCCCCAAGCACUUAUAGAUCAGUUAAAACCUGGCGGAAGAUUGAUAUUACCAGUUGGUCCUGCAGGGGGAAACCAGAUGCUUGAACAGUAUGACAAACUAGAAGAUGGCAGUGUCAAAAUGAAGCCUCUGAUGGGAGUGAUAUAUGUGCCUUUAACAGAUAAAGAGAAGCAGUGGUCCAGGUGGAAGUGAUUUUCUGUUCCACUUACUUCUUCCACACACACGCAAGGGAUGAAUUGUAAAAGCUACAUCAUCUUGACCCAAACAUAGUGUUACAGUGGACUGCUCAUCUCCAGUUCUAAAAGCUUUUUGAAACCAACAGCAUUGCAGCUUGUUUUGGACUUCGUUAUACUGUUGUUAUCAGCAUGGAAAAGCGUGGUGUUUGUUUUAUUUUCUUAGAUGCUCAAGGCAAAUCUGAUAAAGACAUGGUGGAAAGUUUUAUGUGGGCACUGUUUUAUUUAACAUGCCUUUAUUUUACUUUCAUCUGUUGAAAGCGGAUUUCUGCAGAGCUGCAGAUGAAGACCUAUAGCUUGUGAACUCUAAUUUUGAUGGGGGUACUUGAACACUCACUUCUCUUGGCUCCUGUGUCCCUUGGUAAAACUGCUUCUGUGCACCUUACGACACUACAUAGGUAAUAUCAGGUUUUCUGUGUUCCGAUGUCUGCUAGAUGCUACUAAAAGGAGAUGAACUUCCUUUUUAAGCUUUUGACAUGGUGUCAUAGACUAGCAUGUAGUAGAUACAAUCAACUGCUUUACUACCUUAAAACCAGGCAUUUGUAAAUAUUAAACUUCAAGACAUCAGAGGUGGCCACUCUUACUAAAUAUUGCUGUUGGGCGUGAGACAUUGUUUUCCCUUCCCUUCUCCAUUAACUAAUGGAGUCUUGAAACUCUGGUUUGGUUUGUAGCUGGCUGCUGAUACAAUGCACCUAAAUUCAAGUCCAGAAAUAUGAUGCGAACUUCAUCCCAGUCACUGGGAUAAUUAAUGUAAAAGCAGCAAGGAGGUUGUGCUUGUGUGGAGGAUUAGGGUCAGCAUGUGGUAGGCAUACAGAUCCUUAGGUUCUUUAAAAAUAGGAAAUGAAAAAAAAAAAUAAUGAAUGUUUAGUUAGUCCUAAGUGAAAGUUGCUUUUGACAAAGCCACCUGCUGUAGUAACGUUCUCCUUUUUCUGUGGGCACCCAGGAAGAAAUCUGGGUUUUUAGGGAGCGAACUCUUUAUUGUUAUACAAUGAAAAUGUGACACAUUCAGGAGGAGUAACAUCUCCUGAUAGAGAUGCAAUUGUUCCAUUUUCAUAUAGAAGAAUAGUUGGAAGGCUAUAAACUUUUUUUUUUUUUUUUUGCCCCACGUUUUCUGUUUGGGUAUGGUAAUAUGACAGCAGGCAAAUGCAAAGCAGUACAGUAAAUUGAGCUGCUUUGGGAAAGUGGGGAAGCCUGUCUGAGCCUUCUUGCUCGGAUCUGUACAACCAGAAAAUAAGGUAAAACAGCAUGUUCUUGUUCUUUUUUUUUUUUUAAUGAUAAAAAGGAUUAUAAAAUAACUAUAUAAAAGCAACCUGUAGUGAUCACUGCAAAAUGCAUUUGGCUGUUUAUGGUGGAACAGCAAUAUCUUUGUGACAGGUUGAAUCACUGAAAGGUUAAAAUUCAAAGGCCUCUGAAUACGGAAGAGGUAAUAAAUAAAACAUUUCAAAUAACCUUCCUUCGAAGGUCAGCUCAAUCCCAUUCCUCUGGGAACGCUAGGUAUCGAGUCACGUAGAUGUGUGGAAGUUACCGUACCACCUCCUGACCUGCGUGCAGCCUGGGAGCACACACACAAGGAUUAAUCUGACAAAGGAAUGAAUACAGCCUGUAUUCUAGGAAAUACAAUUCAGAAAAACCCACUUGCGUCUGACAAAUUUGUACUAACCCACAAUCAACUGUGAAUCUAGUUCUUGGUGUUGAAGUGAAAUAUCUUAAACGAUGCAUGCUAAUGUUCAGCCUUUGGUCACUGUUUCAUUCAAUUUGAGUUCAGCUUUACUUACAUCUUCUCACUAAGUUGAUCAGUCAAACGAGAGAUUAAGAGCUCAACUGUAUCCAAAUUCUCGUCUCUGGGCACAGCGUGACAAGCUAGCCUAGCUUGGAAGAGGUGACAAAGCUGAGACCUGGCAACAGCUUUUUGGGGAGAACCACUUCAGGAGGUGCAAGGCUGCAGGGACCAAGGUGGCCGGGAGCGGGGUGCCCGUUCCACGGGAGGGGUUGCGGUGGUCGAGGUGCUCGGGCAGAGGAGCACCCAGGAGCAGCGUUUAGGCGUUGGGGAACGAAGACCCCUCUGUGACGGAGCAAUGGUUCUGAAGGGAAAGCUUCUCGGAGGACAAGUUGACAUGCGGAAGAUUCGAAGAGCUUGAAUAAAUGCUGUGUGAACUGUCUGAAUUGCUACUUUGCCAAAUAAAACAAAUUGAGAGGAAGCUGUA